GGGGGGGCGGGUCUGCAUUUGCGCAGCGCCGGCACCGACACCGCCCUCCCCCGCAAUAAAUAGCGGCGACUCGCAGCGUCCGCUCCCCGCUCCACCCGCAGGUUUGCAGGCUCCAGGAUGGGCAGGGAGAAGGUUCACAUCAACAUUGUGGUGAUCGGACAUGUGGACUCGGGCAAAUCCACCACCACCGGGCACCUCAUCUACAAAUGUGGUGGCAUCGACAAGAGAACCAUCGAGAAGUUCGAGAAGGAGGCGGCCGAGAUGGGAAAAGGCUCCUUCAAGUACGCCUGGGUUCUGGACAAGCUGAAGGCAGAGCGAGAGCGUGGUAUCACCAUCGACAUCUCCCUGUGGAAGUUCGAAACACCAAAGUUCUACAUCACCAUCAUCGACGCCCCUGGACACAGGGACUUCAUCAAGAACAUGAUUACCGGCACCUCCCAGGCGGACUGUGCGGUGCUGAUAGUGGCUGCGGGCGUGGGUGAAUUUGAAGCUGGCAUCUCCAAGAACGGGCAGACGCGGGAGCACGCGCUGCUGGCCUACACUCUGGGGGUCAAGCAGCUCAUCGUGGGCAUCAACAAGAUGGACUCCACCGAACCGCCCUACAGCGAGAAACGCUACGACGAGAUCGUCAAGGAGGUCAGCGCCUACAUCAAGAAGAUCGGCUACAACCCCAGCACUGUGCCCUUUGUGCCCGUCAGUGGCUGGCAUGGAGACAACAUGCUGGAGGCCUCGCCCAACAUGCCGUGGUUCAAGGGGUGGAAGGUGGAGCGUAAGGAGGGCAAUGCAGGUGGGGUGACACUGCUGGAGGGUCUGGACACCAUCCUACCCCCCUCUCGACCCAUCGGCAAACCCCUCCGCCUACCCCUGCAGGACGUCUACAAGAUAGGAGGGAUCGGCACGGUGCCGGUGGGCAGGGUGGAGACGGGCGUGCUCAAGCCAGGCAUGGUGGUGACGUUUGCCCCGGUGAACAUUACUACGGAGGUGAAGUCGGUGGAGAUGCAUCACGAGGCGCUGGCUGAGGCGAUGCCUGGCGACAACGUGGGCUUCAACGUCAAGAACGUGUCCGUCAAGGAUGUACGCCGCGGAAACGUGUGUGGAGACAGCAAGAACGACCCACCCAUGGAGGCCUGCACCUUCACUGCACAGGUGAUCAUCCUGAACCACCCCGGGCAGAUCAGUGCCGGCUACUCACCGGUCAUUGACUGCCACACCGCCCACAUUGCCUGCAAGUUUGCCGAGCUGAAGGAGAAGAUCGACCGGCGCUCCGGCAAGAAACUGGAGGACAAUCCCAAAACCCUCAAGUCUGGAGACGCCGCCAUCGUGGAGAUGACCCCCGGCAAGCCCAUGUGUGUGGAGAGCUUCUCCAAGUACCCCCCUCUCGGCCGCUUUGCGGUGCGGGACAUGCGGCAGACAGUGGCGGUGGGCGUGAUCAAGAGCGUGGAGAAGAAGUCUGGCACCACGGGCAAGGUCACCAAGUCAGCCCAGAAAGCCCAGAAAUCCCAGGGCAAGUGAAGGGAGGUGGCAGGGGCUGGUCCCUCCCCCCCACUGGGGCCCCGUCCCCCACAGGGGCCCCCCCUGCCCACCGGGGCCUGCCCGCCCGCCACACGUUCCUCACCCAACCACUGGAUGCUCACCAUUAAAGUCCAAUGGAAGUUCUUCAAGAGGAAACGCAUGUGGCCAGGCAGCCCAGCCUUCCGGUGUCAAUAAACACGAGCAAACUCACA